AUGGCUGCGGCCGCUGUUUCGACGCUCCUUCCCCCGUUAGGGGGGGCAGAAGCCGCAUGUGGAUGGAGGGCGAUGGCCCAACAUUCGACGACUGGGUGGAAUGAGGCCGAUGUGCGCAUUCGCUUGCGCAUGAUCGCCCGCGCCUGGGAGUCUGCGUCACACCAUCCUCAGAUUCCAUCCCAUCGCCGCCGGCUCCUCCAAACCACAUAUGGCAUCUCAAGUCCACUCAAGACACCGGAAUGCGGUCCGCGAUGGCUGCGACGCUUCAACUCGCCCUUCGAACAACCCGCAUCCCUUGACCAAGUCAUGGAUCCGACGAACACCGGCGGCUUUGCGAGUCGCCUACCCGCCGACUCUUCAUUCUUCGCCCGGUCACGGAUUUCGAGCACGGACAGGCGACAACACCCCAGCGCAGGCGCCCUCUUCAAGGAUCCCACACGCGACGUUCUCAUCGACUUUGGCUCUGAGGAAGGCUUCAUGCAGGCGGCGAAGAAGAAGAAGAAGGCGCCAGCCAAGGCGCCAGCCGCUAACAACAAUAACAGUAACGAUGACGAUGGCGCCAAGAAAGACGAUGAGGGUACUGGCGAUGGAGGCGACAAGAGCGGCGAUGCAGGCAAUGAUGGCGGUGCUGCCGGUGACGGCGACGGAGAUGGAGGCGACAAGGAUACACCGCCACCAGCUGACGAUGCACCCCCGGACGACGAAUGGGGCUUCGCGCCCGCGAAAAGCAAGAAGAAGGGUAAGAAGGACGAAGACCCGCCGACUAUCCCGGCACCCAACCUGGACUCUUUCGAUGAGAUCAAACUGGACGAUGUGGGCGGAGGCGGCAACGGCACGCUCGACAUCAAUUUUGGCUCAACAGACAACAAGAAGUCGGGGUUUGGCUCAUGGGGUACAAGUUGGACAACAGGCACGAGAUCAGGGAGCACGUGGGAUUGGUCCGGGGCUAACAAGAAUGCAGCCGCGAGUACGCCAGCAGAGGCCAAGGAAGAGGUUGAUUCGAAUCCCUGGGGCGGCAGCGCCACAAAGUCCAAAAAGAAGAGCACGACUCUUGGAUUCAGCUUCGGCGAUGAUCCAGCAAUCGACCCGGAACCAGCACCUGAACCGCCCAAGGAAGAGGAGAAGAAAGACGACCCCUGGGGCUUCUCCACCGCAUCAUCCAAGAAGGACAAGAAGAAGAAAAAGAUCAGCAUUUGGGGCGAUCCUGCGGAAGAUGAGAAAGAAGAGCCGCCCAAGGUAGAAAUCCCUGCUGACGACCCAUGGGGUUCAUGGGGUACCACAACUAAGACAAAGGGCAAGAAGGAACCUGAACCAGAACCGCCCAAAGAGGAGACAAAGCAGGAUGAUAUCUGGGACACCUGGGGUUUGGGUAAGAAGAAAAAGAAAGAAGAACCGGUGGUGGUCCCUGAACCUGAACCGGUCCCGGAGCCCGCGCCCGACCCGCCAGCUGCCGGAGCGGAUCCUUGGAGCUGGGGAACGUCAAUGAGCAAGAAGGAUAAGAAAAAGAAGAAAGGUCUGCUUGACUUUGAACCACCCAAAGAGCCGGACCCUCCUCCAGCGCCGGAGCCCGAAGUUGAGCCAGAACCGGAGCCCGAGCCAGAACCGGAACCGGAAUCGGAGCCGCCUAAAAUUGAAGUAGACCCCUUUGCUGGUAUGUCCAAGUCGCAGAAAAAGAAGAAGAUGAGGGAGAUGGCUGCCGCUGCCGAGGCCGCCGCCGCCGCCGAAGCCGCCGCUGCAGAAGCAGCCGCCGCUGCCGAGGCCGAGGCCGCCGCUGCAGAAGCAGAAGAGACUGCUCGGAAGGAAGAGGAGGAGCGGUUGGCCAAGGAAAUCGAAGAGCAAGCAGCGAAAGAAGCGGCCGAGGCUGAAGAGGCAAUGAAGGCAGCAGAAGCUGCGAAGGCAGCAGCGGCAGUAGAAGACAUCGGAUGGGGUGUAACGACCAAGGCCAAGAAGAAGAAGAAGGGCAAAGGUGAACCCGAGCCCGUACGAGCCCCUACACCACCUCCGCCGGCCCCCGAACCCGAGCCCGAGCCGGAACAGAAAGAUGAUCUCUGGGGCUUCACCGCCACAUCAAAGAAAGACAAAAAGAAGAAAAAGGGACUCCUUCUCGACCCCGAACCUCCAAAUGAUCCUGAACCCGAACCUGAGCCCGAGCCUGAGCCGGUCCCCGAACCUGCUCCAGAUCCUCCCGCUGCUGAGCCAGAGCCGGAACCGCCAGCGGAUGAGGGCUGGCCGAAUUUUGAGCUCUCUACCAAAAAGGACAAGAAAAAGAAGAAAGACGCGGAAGCCGAAAAGCCCAAGGAGGACUCCUGGGGGGGUAUGUGGGGACUUUCUUCGAAGAAGGACAAAGACAAAGAGAAGGAGAAGGAAAAGGAGAAGAAAGAGAGGAAGAAAAGUAAGGAGACACCGCAACCAGCAGAAGAACCCAAGGGGGAAUCGACUGAAGACGACUUGGCUUUGAGCAAAUCGGACAAGAAAAAGAAGAAGAAAGACGCCAUGGCCUUGGUUGAGUUCGGCGGGGAGGAGGAAGAGGCCACGCCUGCCGAGGAAGCCCCACCCGCUGUGCCCGACAUUUCUGACCCCCUGGAUGACGACGGUUUCUUCAGCUCCUGGAACAUCGGCAAGAAGGACAAGAAGAAAAAGGGGCCAGACGUGGAAGUUGCCUCAAUGAAGCCUGAUGCGAUUGAGGAGCCGGCGGACGACUUUUGGGGGUCAUUGUCGUCCAAGAAAAAGAAGGACAAAUCUAAGAACGAACCUGUGGAAGUGAUGGACGAAGAGCCCGAAAUGGAUUCCGUACAACCGGAUUCUGUCGAGGAAACGAAAGACAAAGGCGAAGAAGACGACUGGGCCGCCUGGGGAUCCUCGAAAAAGAAGUCUAAGAACCGUAAGGACAUACUCGCCGACCCUCCACCGCCAGCUCCCACCCCUCCCACGUUGGACAUGACUGAGCCUGAAGCAGAACCGGAACCUGAGAAGGAGAAAUCCAGCUUUUGGGGCGACCUAACCUCUUCCAAGUCCAAGUCUAAGGACAAGGAGAAAGACAAGGAUAAGGACAAGGACAAGGAAAAGCCCAAAAAGGAACCCAAGCUGAGCGAGAAAGAGCUAAAAAAGCUCGAAAAGGAAAAGAAGAAGGCCGAAAAGGAAGAAGCAGCGCGCAAGGCUCAAGAGGAAGAAGAGGCUGCUGCAGCUGCUGCAGAAGAAGCAGCCAAGGAAGAGAAGGAACGCCUUGCCCGAGAAGCGGAAGAGGCCGCGGCUGCCGAGGCCGCCGAGGCCGCCGAGAAGGCUCGGCUCGAGGAGGAGCAGGCUGCCAAGAUCGCCGAGGAAGACGAACAGUUCGCCGCCUUGGAAGCCAAGAAGCUCAAGAAGGGCAAAUUGACAAAGAAGGACCAGGCUGUUUACGACCAACUCAAGGAGUCUAUCGAUCAACGCGUUGCAGAUCAAGCCGCAGCCGAAGCUGAAGCCGCUGCCGAAGCUGAAGCUAAAGCUGCUGCCGCUGCCGAGGCCGAAGAGGCUGCUCGCAUCGAGGAGGAGGAGCGGCUUGCCAAGGAGGCUGAAGAAGCCGCAGCCAAAGAAGCCGAGGAACUGGCAGCGCGCGAACGUGAGGAGGCCGAGGCUGCAGAGAAGAAGUCGAAGAAGAGUUCCAAGACGGAAAAAGAGUCCAAAUCCAAGUCCAAGUCCAAAGAAAAAGAGAAGGAAAAAGAGAAGGAGAAGGAGAAGGAGAAGGAGAAGAGAGACAAGAAGGACAAGAAGGAGAAGAAGAGCAAGGACAAGGACAGGGCGAAGGACAAAGACGAGGACGAAGAUCCCGAACCCAUCCCGGACGUUCAAGAGGAGGAUGAGCUGGCCGACAUCGAACUUACCGAAGAGCAAGUGGAAGAACUCCUGGCCGACCCCGAGCCUGCGGAGCCUGCUCCGCCUCCACCACCUCCGGCGCCGGAACCCAAGCCGUCCAACGAUGCGUUCAGCUUCUGGGGCGUUGGCACUAAGAAGUCUAAGAAAGCUCAAGAAGGUGCGAAUAUCGGCUGGAAUGACACGACCGCCUCAUCCGCCAUAAACAGCAAUGCCCCGACCUGGAUGCAACCGUCUACGGCUCGUAAGGGCAAAGGAACGAAGAUUACUGACAGAUUAAAAGCUUUUGAACCGCCGCCGCCACCGGAAGACGAACCUGCUCCCGUUGCGGAGGAACCCGCUCCCGAGGACCCGCCACCAGAGGAUCCGACGCCGGAGGAGCCUACUGCUGAGGACCCCGUUCCGCCACCGCCGCCUCCACCGGUUGCCUUGACGAAAGAAGAGAGGAAACGACUCAAGAAAGAGAAGAAGCGUGCUGAAGCUGAGCCAGCACCGCCGCCGCCGCCGCCGCCGCCGCCUCCUGUUGAGGAACCAACAAUGGUUGAUGUCGAGGAACCAGCUGACGAAAAUAACAAGUCUGCGGAACCCCCAGGAGCCUUCCCGGUCGAUGAGGACGAGAACGAGAUCAUCGAAGUAAUUGAAAUGCCAGUGGAAAAGAAGAAGAAGAAAAGCAAGAAGAACAGAGAGAAGGAUCUUCUUGCUGAAGACGUCCCUCCUCCGCCGGCUCCUCCGCCACCACCAGCCGUGCCCGAAGUUCCUGCGCCUGAAGAACCGGCCGCUGAGGAGGAGCCCUGGUCGCCUCCCCCGGAGCCGAAGUCAAGCAGGAGAGACCGAGCCAAGAUCAGCCGCGAAGGUUCUUCGUGGGGCAUGUGGUCGGCCUCGGCGCCUCGCGAGAAGGACAAAGACAGAGAACGAGAGCGAGACCGUGAUCGUGACAAGGAGAGGAAGUCCAAGCACAAGUCUGACAGGCGCGAGAGGAGGCACGACAAAGAAGAAGUCAAGAGCUCUUCCAGGGGCUCGAACUCUGGUAAGGGCGACCGCGCUGACAAAGACAUGGAAACGCCGGCGCCGACGCGGCCGAAGCUCAUGUCCAUGUUCAGCACCCCCCCGGUUUCUCGUACGACCUCGAAUCGGGACCGGCGUCAUGGAUCUAGUGGCCGCCCGUCACGUCGUCACUCUGUUGACGCUGCAGGCUUGGUAUCACCACCUCCGGAGGAUGCGCCUCCGACGUCUUCCAAAGCUGCCAAGGUUCUUGGUGUCGACAAAUCAGGUAGACGCCGCAAGCGUGCUCCUACCGAGGAUGAUGACAUUGUAAUGGUCGGGGCGAACGGUGACGGCGAGGAUGCUAGUCCCCCCAAGUCCUCCCGUCGGCGAUCCAGAUAUCCCAAAGACGAGGACAUCGUCAUGGUGGAUGCCGACGGCCCUUCUGAGCCACCCCCUAUAAAACGGUCUAAUUCGAGUGCCAAGAGGGGCUUCGGUGGUCUAUUUAGUGGUCUUCGAACUCCCAAGACGGAGCGUCCAGACCCCUUACGAAGGCGUCACACCUAUGCGACCGAUGACGAUACUAAGCGCGAACGCCGCAAGGGGUCAUCUGGCGAUGCCGAAGAACUCGACCCGGCGGCAGCAGCUGACAUGGACCAGGAGGCUCGCCGCGCUGCUCGCCGUGCUCGACGUGCCGCAAGAGAUGCCGAGGCCGAGGUGGUCGAUCCAGAUGCCGAUGAGGCACGCCACGUCGCCAAAGAGGAGGCCAGGCGUGAGCGCCGCCGGCGGCGAGAAGAAGAAGAUAUUGAGGCGCGGAAGCAAGAAGAAAAGGAGGCCAGGCGCGCAGAACGACGCGCAGCCCGCCAACGUGACGAAGAAGAACGGCGAGCCGCUGACGAGCGAGAAGCCGAGCGAGCCGAACGGCGACGGCGUCGCAAGGAACGUGAGGCUGCCGCGGCCGCUCUCGAGGCUGACGUGGAGGCCAGACGGGCGGCACGUGAAGAACGCCGGCGCGCCCGCGAUGCUGGAGUUGAGGACGAAGAAACUCGAAGGGCCAGACGAGAAGCUCGACGCGCCGCUCGCGCGCCCGGUGAAGCGACAGACGGGGAAGAAGCCCGUCAUCGCAGCAGUCGAAAGCGAUCCACGCGGGAGUCGGGCGACGAGGCUCUGCAUUCGUCACGCCACCGCUACCGACGUGAUGAGGAGGCGAGACCGGCAUGGCCCCACUCCGGAACCUCAUCAUGGGUCAAGGAGCAUUCCGAUGCGGGUCCGCCUCCACAGGACGGCGGACAAACGGACGCCGUGCCGCUGACUGAGGACGAAGCGCGUCGCGAACGUCGCGAGCGUCGGCGCAGAGCCAAGUAUGAAGAUGGCACCGCCGAUGAGGCCGAAGACCGCCGCCGCAGGCUUCGCCGCGAAGAUCGUGAGCGCAAAUAUGGAGGCGGUAGCGGAGGCGCCGGCGGCGGCGGGUCGGAGGGAAGCGACGAGCGGCGCCGGCACGCCAUGCUCUCGGACGCGACGGCGACGCCGCGGAGCAGUUGGUGGAGGAAGCUGACUGGAUGA